AUGGUGUACCUAAGUUAUAUAAGAAUAUACAAUACUGUUGGCUUUAUUAUCUGUAUAGUAGCUCUUUCAACCAGCCUAAUGUUCUACAAGACAAUGGAUCCAAAAUACCUAAGAGAGGCUGGGCUCUGCCAAACAUUUUUUCUGAUGGAAGUAGCAAAUAUAUGUGCAAAAAAAAGCAAUGCUAGAUAUGUUCCCACAGUGAUGCAGCUAGUAUCCCGGAUGUUCAUCAUUUGGGUUGUUUUCUGGUACUAUGGAAUUAUCGACUGGACUUUCCCCAUUAUAACAACAUGCUGGUAUCUUUCGGACUCGAUAAGAUAUGUUUUCUAUAUGUUUCGUGUUGACACAAUUAGAGUCAUUCGAUACAACUUGUUUCUCCUAACAUCUCCGAUAGGAUUUGCACUUGAGAUGUACUGCCUGAAAACUCUGUAUUACUCCCUAGGAAAAAUACUCUCUUACUUUGUAGUAUUGGCUGGUGUGGUGUAUAUUCCCGGAUUCAUCUUCUUGUUCUCCCACAUGCUAAGACAACGGAAAUGGUCUAGAAAGGUCAAGGCAUGCAAGAAUAGGAAGAAAGACUAG